AUGACAAGGACCGCGUCCAAGGGCAGCGACCCGUCGUGCUCCGACGCCACCAUCGCGUCCGCGAGAGCCUACCAUGUGCUCAAGAUCGAUGGGUACUCGAGAACCAUUAACAUCAGUUGCAGGCCUUCAUUCGAGUCAUGCUUGUUCUAUGCGGGAGGCCAUACCUGGAAAUUGCGCUACUACCCCAUGGGAUCCCGCAUCGGAAACCACAGUUUCAUCUCUUUAUAUCUCUCUCUCGUCGAUCCUGUCGAUGAGGCCGUGACAGUUAAGACUACAUUCAGUUUGCUCGACCAAGACCAGAAACCGGUGCGAUCCUAUAGGCAUACCGCCACGGUUACUUUCUCGGCACCAGGAUUGAAGGGGUACGAGAGGUUCAUCAGAAGGAAAGAGUUGGAGCGAUCGGAGCAUCUCAAAGAUGAUUGCUUCGCCGUUAGGGUAGAUGUACGUAUUGUCAAGGAAGCGCCAUCCACAGUGGUGCCACUGUCUGACAUGCAUCGGCAUCUCGGCGAUCUCUUGUGGAGCAAAGAGCACACCGAUGUUGAAUUUCGAGUCAGUGGGGAGACGUUUGCUGCGCACCGAUUGUUGCUCGGGGCUCGGUCGCCAGUCUUCAAGGCAGAGCUCUUUGGCCCGAUCAAGGAGGGCACCACCACAGACGUCAUACAAAUAGAUGAUAUGGAGGCACACGUGUUCAGGGCUUUGCUUACUUUCGUAUACACAGAUGCAUGGCCAGAGAUGGAGCAUGAACAAGAGCCAGCGAUGUCUCAACAUUUGCUUAUCGCAUCGGAUCGGUAUGGCAUGCAAAGGCUAAAGUUGAUCUGUGAAGAAAAGUUGUGCAACCACAUUGAUACGAGCUGUGUGGCAACUAUCUUGGCGCUAGCAGAGAAGCAUAACUGCCUUGCUCUUAAGGAGGCAUGCUUUGAUGUCCUUGGCUCCUCGGCAACGCUGCUUACUGUCCUGAAAACUAAAGAGUUUGAGUGUCUAGCCCUGACUUACCCUACUAUUACAAAGGAGCUAAUUUCCAAUGUUCUUACUCGCAAUCUGAAAAAGGUAAAAGUUCUGAAAACUGAAGAGUUUGAGCGUUUAGCCCUUACUUGGCCUACUAUUACAAAGGAGCUAGUUUCCGAUGUUCUUACUCGCCAUCUGGAAAAGGCAAAAAAUUUGGGGUGGAAUCAGGAGAGGCAAAGCGUCAUCAAGCCAUCAACAUAA